GCAAUAGGGCAUCAUUUUACGUGUCCAAUGUACUGUAGAAAAACAAACAUUGUCUUUCUGCAAAUCUACAUUUCAUAAUCACUAUGUAAUGAUAUGCAAUAUUUUGUUGUUUGCUCGUAUAUAUUGCCUGCUUGCAGUUAAUUUAUAAAAAAAACUGCUGGAGCUUGACCAGUAUGCAUUUCUAACAGCAUAAGGUCUCCUUAAUACAAAACAUAUGAAGUUAAAUGGAAAAUCUCUGAGACUGCACAAUUUCCAAAAUAAAAAUCAAAGGCACUUUAUAGUGAUAUUGACCCAUGAAUUAACUCAUACAACCUUUUUAACAUGUUUGUUUGUAUAAUAUUUGUCACUGUUUUAGUUUUAAUACAGAGACUAUCUGGUAAUAUGCACUUCUGUGACUGUAGACAAUGCAGCGUCUGAACAGGACUUUUAUUUUGGAGUGACGACGUGACGUCAUAAGAAUGCGCCGCGAUCCCGCAUCUGCUGUGAUUCUGCUGAAGAAAGGUUUGUUUUAAGAAUUUAACCUGUUUUAAUCGAUAGAAACAGUUCAGUGAUUUAUAGUUGUGUGUUUUGUUUUAAUCAAGUGAUGUGAAAUUAGUUUAUUUACUCUCUAAUGUAACAUUGUGUGUUUAUCUAACUGUAAUGAAGGAUAUUUGUGUGAGUAAAACUCAUUCACUGAUGAGAAACAGUAAACCUGCGUCUCAUUUCUCUCUAUAUAUAUCAUAAAUCAGUUUAUCAUGAACACGAGUUCAGCCUCUGUCGAGUAAUAUGAUGGAGAAACUGAACUUUUCAACUCCGAGUCAAUUGAAUCAAACACUUUGAGAAAUGGUUCAGUGAAUCACGACUCGUGCUGCUCAAACAGUGAACAUGAACAACAACUAACAAACUAACUAAGCAUGUUUUCAUCAGUCAUAAAUGCCUAAAUAUGAAGUUUAUUCAUUUGCAGCGUUCGUUUUUAGUGUUUUUUGUCUAACCUGAUCAGUAGAUCAUUAACUGUUAAAAUAUUCUCUUCUUAAAGAUGGCGUUUAUUAAAGAGGAGACUGAAGAUAUGAAGAUUGAUUUUAUUAAAGAGGAGACUGAAGACGUGUUUAUUAAAGAGGAGGAGACUGAAGACAUGAAGAUUGAAGAAACAUUUAGAGUGAAACAUGAAGAUACUGAGGAACAAACAGACCUGAUGGCACUGAGAGAGGCGAGUCAUGAACUUAAUGAAAGGGAAGAAGAGAAAGAACAUUAUGAUAAACAUCAUGAUUUCAUGACUGGGGAAAGAUCGACACAGGCUAAAAAGACCUCCUUACAAAAAGGAGCUCAAAAGACUGGAAAUAAAAGUUAUUUCACCUGCCUACAGUGUGGAAAGAGUUUCAUACAUAAACACCUUAAAGAUCACAUGAGAAUUCACACUGGAGAGAAGCCUUACACCUGCCAGCAAUGUGGACAAAGUUUCAGUCGAAAAGGACACCUUAUAGCUCAUAUGAGAGUUCACACUGGAGAGAAACCUUUCUCCUGCCAACAAUGUGGACAGAGUUUCAGACAUAAAGAAACCCUUAAAGACCACGUGAGAAUUCAUACUGGAGAGAAACCUUUCACCUGCCAACAGUGUGGAAAGAGUUUCACACAAAAAGGAAGCCUCAAAGGCCACAUGAGAAUUCACACUGGAGAGAAACCUUUCAUCUGCCAGCAAUGUGGACAGAGUUUCAGACAUAAAGGAAGCCUUAUAGUCCACAUGAGAGUUCACACUGGAGAGAACCCAUUCACUUGCAAACAAUGUGGAAAGAGUUUCAGUCAAAAAGGAACCCUUAUAGCCCACAUUAGAAUUCACACUAGAGAGAACCCAUUCACUUGCAAACAGUGUGGAAAGAGUUUCAGUAGAAAAGAAAACCUUAUGGUCCACAUGAGAGUUCACACUGGAGAAAAGCCUCAUACCUGUCAAGAGUGUGGAAAGAGUUUCAGUCGAAAAGGAAGUCUUAUAACACACGUGAGAAUUCACAAUGAAGAGAGCCCAUUCACCUGCCAACAGUGUGGACAGAGUUUCAGUGAGAAAGGAAACCUUACAGCCCACAUGAGAUUUCACACUGGAGAAAAGCGUCACAUCUGCCAACAGUGUGGACAGAGUUUCAGACGAAAAGAAGGCCUUAUAGCCCACAUGAGCACUCACACUGGAGAAAAGCCUUACACCUGCACUCUGUGCGGGAAUGGCUUCGCACGGGAACGAAGCCUCAGGCAACACAUGAGAAUUCACACUGGAGAGAAGCCUUUUACAUGUGAUCAGUGUGGAAAGAGUUUCAAUCGAAAAGAAAGCCUUAAAGUCCACAUGAAUAUUCACACUGGAGAGAAGCCAUUUACAUGUGAUCAGUGUGGUAAGAGUUUCAGAUUUAAAGGUAACCUUAAGGGCCACAUGAUGAUUCACACUGGAGAAAAAGCCUUCACUUGCCAACAGUGUGGAAAGAGUUUCAUACAUAAAAAACACCUUAGAGUCCACAUGAGAAUUCAUACUGGAGAGAAACCCUUCCCCUGCCAACAGUGUGGAAAGAGUUUCAUUAUAAAUGAAAAACUUAAAGUCCACAUGAGAAUUCACACUGGAGAAAAGCCUUACACCUGUCAAGAGUGUGGAAAGAGUUUCAUUAGAAAUGAAAACCUUAAACUCCACAUGAGAAUUCACACUGGAGAAAAGCCUUACACCUGCCAACAAUGUGGAAAGAGUUUCAUUAGAAAUGAAAACCUUUCAGCCCACAUGAGCACUCACACUGGAGAGAAGCGUUACAUCUGCACUCUGUGCGGGAACGGCUUCACACGGCUAAAAACCCUCAGGCAACACAUGAGAAUUCACACUGGAGAAAAGCCUUUCACCUGCCAACAGUGUGGAAAGAGUUUCAGUCAAAAAGGACACCUUAUAGUCCACAUGAGAACUCACACUGGAGAGAGCCCAUUCACCUGCCAACUGUGUGGAAAGAGUUUCGUUAGAAAUGAAAACCUUAAAGUCCACAUGAGAAUUCACACUGGAGAAAAGCCUUACACCUGUCAACAAUGUGGAAAGAGUUUCAGUCAAAGAGGACACCUUAUAGACCACAUGAGAAUUCACACUGGAGAAAAGCCUUACACCUGCCAACAAUGUGGAAAGAGUUUCACCAGUCCAUCAACAUCAGUUUUCCAUAUGACAGUUCACACCGGAGAGAAACCUUUCACCUGCCAGCAAUGUGGACAGAGUUUCAGACAUAAAGAAAGCCUUAAAAUCCACAUGAGAAUUCACACUGGAGAAAAGCCUUUCACCUGCAAACAAUGUGGAAAGAGUUUUAGUCAUAAAAGAAGCCUUACAGUCCACAUGAGAAUUCACACUGGAGAAAAGCCAUAUGUCUGCCGACAAUGUGGACAGAGUUUCAGUCAAAAGGGAAGCCUUACAGCCCACAUGAAAAUUCACACUGGAGAGAAGCCUCACACCUGUCAAGAGUGUGGAAAGAAUUUCAGUCAAAAAGGAAACCUUAAAGACCACAUGAGAAUUCACACUGGAGAAAAGCCUUACACCUGCCAAGAGUGUGGAAAGAAUUUCAGUCAAAAAGGAAACCUUAAAGACCACAUGAGAAUUCACACUGGAGAAAAGCCUUACACCUGCCAAGAGUGUGGACAGAGUUUCUGUGAGAAAGGAAACCUUAAAAUCCACAUGAGAAUUCACACUGGAGAAAAGCCUUACACCUGCCAAGAGUGUGGACAGAGUUUCAGUCAAAAAGGAAACCUUAAAGACCACAUGAGAAUUCACACUGGAGAAAAGCCUUACACCUGCCAAGAAUGUGGACAGAGAUUCUGUGAGAAAGGAAACCUUAAAAUCCACAUGAGAAUUCACACUGGAGAAAAGCCUUACACCUGUCAAGAGUGUGGACAGAGUUUCAGUCAAAAAGGAAGCCUUAAAGCCCACAUGAGAAUUCAUACUGGAGAAAAGCCUUUCACCUGCCAACAGUGUGGAAAGAGUUUUAGACAUAAAAAAACCUUUAAAUACCACAUGAGAAUUCAUCACACGGGAGAGAAACCCUUCACCUGCCAACAAUGUGGACAGAGUUUCACACAUAAAGGAAGCCUUAAAGUCCACAUGAGAAUUCACACUGGAGAGAAACCCUUCACCUGCCAACAAUGUGGACAGAGUUUCACACAUAAAGGAAGCCUUAAAGUCCACAUGAGAAUUCACACUGGAGAGAAGCCUUACACCUGCGAACAAUGUGGACAGAGUUUCAGUCAAAAAAUAAGCCUUAUAGCCCACAUGAGAAUUCACACUGGAGAGAAACCCUUCACCUGCCAACAGUGUGGGAAGAGUUUCAUUAGAAAUGAAAAUCUUAAAGUCCACAUGAGAAUUCACACUGGAGAAAAAAAUUUCACCUGCCAACAAUGUGGAAAGAGUUUCACACAUGAAGAAAGCCUUAAAGUCCACAUGAGAAUUCACACUGGAGAGAAACCCUUCACCUGCCAACAAUGUGGACAGAGUUUCACACAUAAAGGAAGCCUUAAAGUCCACAUGAGAAUUCACACUGGAGAGAAGCCUUACACCUGCCAACAAUGUGGACAGAGUUUCAGUCAAAAAAUAAGCCUUAUAGCCCACAUGAGAAUUCACACUGGAGAGAAGCCCUUCACCUGCCAACAGUGUGGAAAGAGUUUCAUUAGAAAUGAAAAUCUUAAAGUCCACAUGAGAAUUCACACUGGAGAAAAAAAAUUCACCUGCCAACAAUGUGGAAAGAGUUUCAAACAUGAAGAAAGCCUUAAAGUCCACAUGGGAAUUCACACUGGAGAGAAACCCUUCACCUGCCAACAAUGUGGACAGAGUUUCACACAUAAAGGAAGCCUUAAAGUCCACAUGAGAAUUCACACUGGUGAGAAACCCUUCACCUGCCAACAAUGUGGAAAGAGUUUCACACAUAAAGGAAGCCUUAUAUCCCACAUGAGAAUUCAUACUAGAGAGAAACCCUUCACCUGCCAACAGUGUGGAAAGAGUUUCAUUAGAAAUGAAAAUCUUAAAGUCCACAUGAGAAUUCACACUGGAGAGAAGCCUUACACCUGCCAACAAUGUGGAAAGAGUUAUACACGUGAAGAGAGCCUUAAAGUCCACAUGAGAAUUCACACUGGAGAAAAUCCAUAUAUUUGCCAACAAUGUGGACAGAGUUUCAGUUAUAAAAGAAGCCUUAUAGGCCACAUGAGAAUUCACACUGGAGAGAAGCCUUACACCUGCCAACAAUGUGGAAAGAGUUACACACGUGAAGAAAACCUUACAGACCACAUGAGAAUUCACACUGGAGAAAAGCCAUAUAUCUGCCGACAAUGUGGAAAGAGUUUCAGUCAUAAAAGAAGCCUUCAAAUUCACAUGAGAGUUCAUACAGGAGAGAAGCCGUUCACAUGUGAUCAGUGUGGAAAAAGUUACUCAACCAAACAACAUCUUGAGGUUCACAUGAGAGUUCAUACUGGAGAGAAGCCAUUCACAUGUGAUCAGUGCGGGAAGAGCUGCACGCGAUCAUCACACCUUAAAGAGCACAUGAGGAUCCACACCGUAGAGAGACCGUUCACAUGUGAUCAGUGUGACAAAACAUUUCGUGGGAAAUCAGCCUUAAAGAAACACCUGACAGUUCAUACAAAGGAGAAGCCACAUUCAUGUUCUGUGUGUGAAAAGAGUUUUUCACAGCUGUAUAGUUUACAAGAACAUCAGAAAACACACACUGGUGUGAGAGAGUACAUGUGCUUUGAGUGUGAGAAUACUUUUACUACAGCAACCCAUUUAAAACAGCACCAGAGAAUUCACACUGGAGAAAAACCUUACAAGUGUUCACACUGUGACAAGAGAUUCAGUCAGUCAACACAUCUGAAAACACAUGAGAAGAUCCACACUGGAGAAAAACCUUACAAGUGUUCACACUGUGACAAGAGAUUCAGUCAGUUAGCACAUCUGAAAAGACAUGAAAUGAUCCACACUGGAGAGAAACCUUACAAGUGUUCACAUUGUGACAAGAGAUUCAGUCAGCCAACAAAUCUGAAAACACAUGAGAGGAUCCACACUGGAGAAAAACCUUACAAGUGCAAUGAUUGUGGAAAGAGUUUCACACUUAAAGAAAACCUUCUAGUCCACUUGAGAAUUCAUACUGGAGAAAAGCCUUUCACGUGCCAACAGUGUGGAAAGAGUUUCGCUGUGAAAGUAAACCUUCAAGUACACAUGAGAAUUCACACUGGAGAGAAACCUUUUACCUGCCAGCAAUGUGGACAGAGUUUCACUGUAAAAGGAAACCUUAUAGCCCACAUGAGAAUUCACACUGGAGAAAAGCCUUACACCUGCCAACAAUGUGGAAAGAGUUUCACACAUAAAAGAAGCCUUAUAGUCCACAUGAGAAUUCACACUGGAGAGAAGGCUUACACCUGCCAACAAUGUGGACAGAGUUUCGCACAUAAGGGUAGCAUUAAAGUCCACAUGAGAAUUCACACUGGACAAAAGCCUUUCACCUGCCAACAAUGUGGAAAGAGUUUCAGUCAAAAGGGAAGCCUUACAGCCCACAUGAGAAUUCACACUGGAGAGAGCUCAUUUACCUGUAACCAGUGUGGACAGAGUUUCAGUCAAAAGGGAAACCUUAAUGAACACAUGAGAAUUCACACUGGAGAGAAACCUUUCACCUGCCAGCAAUGUGGACAGAGUUUCAGAUUUAAAGGUAACCUUAAGGGACACAUGAGAACUCACACUGGAGAAAAGCCUUACAUCUGCCAACAGUGUGGAAAGAGUUUCAGUCAAAAAGGAAAACUUGAAAUCCACAUGAGAAUUCACACUGGAGAAAAGCCUUACAUCUGCCAACAGUGUGGAAAGAGUUUCAGUCAAAAAGGAACAUUUGAAAUCCACAUGAGAAUUCACACUGGAGAAAAGCCUUACACCUGCCAACAGUGUGGACAGAGUUUCACUGUAAAAGGAAAUCUUACAGCCCACAUGAGAAUUCACACUGGAGAGAAGCCUUUUACAUGUGGUCAGUGUGGAAAGAGUUUCAGAUUUAAAGGUGACCUUAAGUGUCACAUGAAGGUUCACUCGAAAAUGACUCUUUUAUAAGUUUCAAGUCACCAAUUCUAAUACAACUUAAGUAAAGGUCUUAGAGUAUCUGAUUUUAAUAAGUACUUAAAGGGUCAUGAAACCCCAGAACACAUUUGAGCUGUGAACAGAUAUACAUAGGCUGCACAUCAUUGAAAACACUAAAGGUACUCAUUAAUUUUAUUUAACACUCCUAGGUAUCGCGUGUGAUUGGCCACUGUUAUCUGAAGCAGCCCCGGUGUUGCCCACCCUAGUGUGGAGCUCAUUUGCAUAGCAUAAAGUACAGUGUUAAAUUAGUGUCUUUAACAUUUUACGCAUGCAUUAUUUCUUUACCAAACCUCUUUCAAAUUAUUAAAGGCAUCGUAGGGAACAGAUAGACACCAAACACGAUAUGAAAUGGUUAAAUCAUCAUCCAUGCAUUUUGUUUAUCUGUUAACAGGUCUGUCCCAUGACAUGUUGUUUUAGCAGUCAGUAACCAUUAACAUAAACUGUGCUUUGCAUGAAGAUGGAGUGGAUGUGAUGCAGUUUAGAUCAAAUUAAGGCCUCCAAACAUAGGUAUGAAUGGAUUUAGAUAGAUCUCUGUGGCCUCUCUUUAUUUCAGUCUCUGCUGCUCCAUCCAGGAGGUCCUGAAGGAAUUUUUAUGGCAGUCCUUGCCUAAACCUUAGGAAUGAGUUUGGUGGUUAGAGUCAAUGUGUCAUCCAAUUAGAAGUCUUCACCUUGGUUUUGGUGGGUGCAGAAGGUCCCCCUUCCUGUUCUGGAAGAGGUGUCUGGUAGUUGUCCCAACAUCUUAUCUGAUGUUGCUGAACAUUUAUUUAUGUUCAUUCACCAAAGAUCCAAUCACGGUGUGGCACAUCUUCUUACACACCAGCAGUUAGAGUAAACUGGCCCCUGGAAUGCCAUCUUGACUGGUGUUCACAACACUGUGAAAGAGACUCAAAAUACUCUGUCAAUGUUCCACAUACAAUUAAGAGUCAUACACCAUUUAAUCUGUGGAAUAUCUUCUUUUAUUUGUGUACACUCGGAGUAAAAACAAA